GUAAACGUGGUAUCCAUCGCCUCAAGAAUUUAUCCUUUUUGCAUUUCUACUUCGCUCGCCCACGGAUGUAGUUUUUUCCGCACGUGCGCGCCUUCGCUCCUCCCCGCCCUCAGGGUCCACGGCCACCAUGGCGUAUUAGGGGCAGCAGUGCCUGCGGCAGCAUUGGCCUUUGCAGCAGCGGCAGCAGCACCAGGCUCUGCAGCGGCACCCCCCAGCGGCUUAAGCCAUGGCUCUUCUCACGGCAUUCAGCAGCAGCGUUGCUGUAACCGACAAAGACACCUUCGAAUUAAACACAUUCCUCGAUUCCAGCAAAGCACCGCAACAUGACCGAAAUGAGCUUCCUGAGCAGCGAGGUGUUGGUGGGGGACUUGAUGUCCCCCUUCGCAGGUUUGGGGGCUGAGGAAAGCCUAGGUCUGUUAAAUGACUACCUGGAGGUGGUCAAGCACUUCAAACCUCAUGGGUUCUCCAGCGACAAGGCUAAGGCGGGCUCCUCCGAAUGGCUGGCUGUGGAUGGGUUGGUCAGUCCCUCCAACAACAGCAAGGAGGAUGCCUUCUCCGGGACAGAUUGGAUGUUGGAGAAAAUGGAUUUGAAGGAGUUCGACUUUGAUGCCCUGUUGGGUAUAGAUGACCUGGAAACCAUGCCAGAUGACCUUUUGACCACUUUGGAUGACACUUGUGAUCUCUUUGCCCCCCUAGUCCAGGAGACUAAUAAGGAGCCCCCCCAGACGGUGAACCCAAUUGGCCAUCUCCCAGAAAGUUUAAUAAAACCCGACCAGGUUGCCCCCUUCACCUUCUUGCAACCUCUUCCCCUUUCCCCAGGAGUCCUGUCCUCCACUCCAGAUCAUUCCUUUCGUUUAGAGCUGGGCAGUGAAGUGGAUAUCACUGAAGGAGAUAGGAAGCCAGACUCCACUGCUUACGUUGUCAUGAUCCCUCAGUGCAUAAAGGAGGAAGACAUCCCUUCAGAUAAUGAUAGUGGAAUAUGUAUGAGCCCAGAGUCGUAUCUGGGGUCUCCUCAGCAUAGCCCCUCUACCAGGGGCUCUCCAAAUAGGAGUCUCCCAUCUCCAGGUGUUCUCCGUGGGUCUGCCCGCCCCAAACCUUAUGAUCCUCCUGGAGAGAAGAUGGUAGCAGCAAAAGUAAAGGGUGAGAAACUGGAUAAGAAGCUGAAAAAAAUGGAGCAAAACAAGACAGCAGCCACUAGGUACCGCCAGAAGAGCGCAGAGCAGGAGGCUCUCACUGGCGAGUGCAAAGAGCUAGAAAAGAAGAACGAGGAUCUAAAAGAGAGGGCGGAUUCCCUGGCCAAGGAGAUCCAGUACCUGAAAGAUUUGAUAGAAGAUGUCCGCAAGGCAAGGGGGAAGAAAAGGGUCCCCUAGUUGAGGGUAGUCAGGAGCGUCAAUGUGCUUGUACAUAGAGUGUCUGCUGUAGCUGUGUGUUCCAAUAAAUUAUUUUGUAGGGAAAAAAAAAAGAA